AUGCCCGCGAGUGCGGAAAGCUUGGUCUCCGUUUCUUCGGGAGGGGAGAAGCCACGGCUUGCGAUCGACCAGAUUCACAAGGAUUGGGAGCGAGCAGAUGCUCUUAGAAGUUACCUUCGCGAGGACAGCACGGUGAUCUUCAAAGAAGGUGUUUCCGAGAAUGUCAAAACGUGCUCAGCAGAGCAUAUACAUGCCUACCUGACCCCUUUGGUAGUGAAGAUGGCUGCGACUGAGAAUCACCCUCAGCCAAACGUGGACCCGCUGAGGGAUGAAAUCAGCAAGCUCUACAUGAGUCUAUCGAAACAAGUUGGAGAAGAUCAAAUUGUUUUGGAUUCCUGGAUGACUCGCAAGUACUUGGGGUUCAUCAAGAUGAAGUGCAGGCUUCGCAAACCAUCCAAAGAGCGGAACUUCCAAAACCUAUGCCUAUUGCUCAAUCCUGACUUGCAGGCAUGUGUGGACGAAAUCAACCAUAAGGAAACGGAGAAAAUGCUUGCCAAAAAGAAGGAAAGUGUCAAGGACCCUGAUGCCUAUGAUGAUGGUUCUUCAUCCUCCUCUUCGGAUGAUGAGCCAUGUGAGUCUGAUGGUGACGCAUCAGUGCACGAGGAGAUCCGUGGUAAAGAAAUUCCCGAAUCCCUGCCAGAACCUGAUAAGGUGUUGGCAGGGGAACUUCCCAGCCAGAAAAACACAGGCGAGAUGAAAACCAGUGAGCACAAAGGUGUCACACCUGCACCAACCCCAACCCCGAUGGUGCCUCCUGAAGUUGUCGCACCUGCACCAACCCCAACCCCGAUGGCGUCUCCUGGUGCACCAGCUCGUGUGAGCACCACCCCUCCUGGCGAUGCCACGAGUGAACGGAUGCAAGAUUUGGCUGCAGCCAAAAAGCGGUUGGAAGAGUUGGCCCUGUUGGUGGAGGCCGCCAAGGCCAGGCUCAGGCGGAUGUGCGCCAAGCACAAGACCAAAAGGUCCCUGGACGUCCCAGAGUUUGUUGUGGAGCAGUGGCGUUCCAAUGAUCAGACGUCGAUGGCAAGACUAUUAAUGGAGAACAACUGGAGUAAGGAAUCGUUUAUUGCGCAGCUCGAGAUCAUAGUGCGGAAGAAGGCCACCAUCAAAGUUUCCAUCGAGGAGAUGUGGGUGUCAGAGCAGGAGAUGCGUGAUGACCUACGUUGGAAACCGCCGCGCAUUGCGGGUGCCAAGAAGGCUUGUGAAGCAAAGCGGGCCACUCACAUCAGGGAGAACGAUUACGAUGGGGUCACGGAAUACUAUGUCAAGGUUCGAGAGAAAGGCUUACGAGAUGAAGAGCAGACUCAAGAAGAGAUUCACCGUAAGUUGGAGAAGGUAACUGAUGGCCCCGUGCUGGACGACAAGGCCUUGGAUGGCUUAGAGCGAAUGAAGGCACGACAGGCUGCUGUCGCCGCAGAACCUGGUACAAAACACAAUGGUCAGGAAGCUGAGACGAAGUUGGCCUUGAAGCGCUUUCUGGAUAGCUUACUUCAGAAAAGCGGAAAGAUCCGCGGACUCAUUCGCGAGCUUUCAGAGCAGUACUCUUCCGCAGACAGCACAGCUUCGAAUGUGGCGAAGUUGCGUGAGCAACUCAAGUUGAUGGACUCCGAGUAUGACUCUUGUCAAUCCGUUCAAGUCUAUGGUGAGAUCAACAAUUGGAACGCAGAGUUUGUCCAAAAAGCAACAAAAGCAAUGAACAAGGCCACUGAAACGUGCUCAAAGGCCGUGGGUCUUGAAAUGAAGAUCCGGAGCGCCAAGAAGUACGAGAAGAAGGACCCGGGGAGUGAGAAAGCAAAAGAGAAGAAGGAAAAGAAAGAUAAGAAGCGGGAUAAGAAAGAAAAGACUGGGAAGGCAAAGGCUGAUGGAACCGAGGGUGAAGGAGCUACUUCCUCAGCGUCCAGGCCAAAACGGCUGAGGCGUAUGGAGGCCUAA